UGCGAAUAACCAACAAAAAAAAAUUAACCGCGUACAACUCGUUUUGUUUUUAAACCAAACACAUUACUUUUUCAUCAAACUACCGGCUGUAGUUCAGGAAAUAAAAAACGAAGUUCCACAAUGGGGAGAAAAACCGCUGCAAGUACUGCAAAAAGUAAAGAAAAGCGUCUUCAGAGGAAGGAAGAACAAAACAGGAUAAGCCAGGCGAUGAGUGUAGUGGCAGAAGCCAAUAAAUUGGUCGAUCCACUGGAACCGUUCCCAGUUUUCUCAAAAUUCAAUAAGAAUGGUCUCGAAGCAGAACUUAGUGUUAAACGAUGCUCGAAUCUUGAUGAAAAUAUCAGACAGUGGGCCUUCAAUCUUACUAAGAGAAAUAUGCAACUCAAGUAUGAACAAUGCUCAUGGGGGUGGAGUGACGAGAAGAAAUUAUCAGAGUUGACGGAUGAGGCAGCUUGGUACCUGAUAGCUAAGUCAGUAGACGGUAACUUACUGGGGUUCUCCCAUUUCCGAUUUGAUAUCGAUGAUGGUAUCGAAGUACUUUAUUGCUAUGAGUUGCAGUUAGAAUCGCCGGUUCAAAGGAAAGGACUGGGAAAGUUCUUGAUGCAAGUUCUGGAGUUGAUAGCUUUCAAAAACAAUAUGAGGAAAGUUAUGGUGACGGUACUGAAAAACAACCAAUACUCCCGGUUUUUCAGGGCCAUAAAUUACGAGUUGGACGAGACAUCACCAGUGGAUGAUGAAGACGAGAGCUAUCAUUAUGAGAUAUUGAGCAAAAUAAACAAAAGACUUGCUCCUCCCACAGUGGUUCCCAAAGCUCAGACAAACAGCCAUUGUUGUUCAGGGCACGGACAUCAUCACCAUUGACAGGAUGUAUUUCUCGCCUCUGAAUCUCUACUUAUCUGUUUUAAUUUGACUGACAUUUUUGAGCAUUUGUAUUAACGUAAUUAUAAUUAAAUGUUUUUAACUAUU